GACAGAUGAUGGGGAACACGAAUGGCAUAGUUAAUGGAAACCGCCAUAUGAUUAUCGACUGGUGCAAUCAGUCUUUGCCCGUAUUUCCAGGCGUUCCUUGGGGCCAACACGCGACCGAUCUCCGAGGCAGUGUUGAUUGUGUUGGAUGAAGAAGCAAUUCGACCCUGAGAUCAAGUGUUCAGGCGCAUCUGAGGAUUCAGCGGAAGUUCCCCUUCGUUUCAUUACGAGAACAACCCGAGAGUGCGCCUUUUCCUUCUAGCAACGGAACUAAUCUCCACUAUCCUCACCACCAACUUCCCAGAAGUUGGCCCCUUUGUUCUCUUUAUUGUUUAAAACCCACACGUUUCUCGCAAUCUUGAAACCUCAAUUACGAUAUCUCCGACCCAGUAACAGAUACAUAACUUGGACAUACGUUUAAAAAAAAUUUCCCGUGGUAUAGUUAUCUUGUCCCUAUCCAUUGCGAUCACUCUCCUUCGUUUGAAGCCAUGAAAUUUUCGUACGGCCUUGCGCUUUGCACGCUCCUGUCGUUCUCCUCCACAGUCGCGCCGCGCAAUAUCAUUUCAACGGACGUCGAUGUAUCAGCCCUUGCUGUUCCAAACGCUUUUGACCCAUCCCUCAUCGCUGCCCGGUCCAAGUUCUCUGACCUACAAAAACGCAGAGGGGGUGGAGGAGGUGGAAGGGGUGGUGGGGGCGGAGGCGGAAGGUCUGGCGGGGGAAGGGGAGGCCGCAGUGGUGGGGGAGGACCCAAGGGUGGUGGAGGGGCUGCGGGAGGCCGGGGAAGCUCAAGUUCGCCUGGUGCCCGCGCUUCAAGUAAUCUCGGCGGUUCUUCGCGAUCUGGCUCUGGAACUCCUCGCUCGUUUGGCGGAGGCGGAUUCUAUGCCGGUGGCGCCUCAGUCCCCUACACAGCUGGCAAGGCUUCGCGGAAAGGGCUUCUUCCGUUCGCCUUCCUCCCACUCGCCGCCCUCGCAUUCUUUCCCGGUUUGUGGCUCUUUGGUGCCCACGCCUAUCACAUCGGCUAUUUUGACUAUCGCAACACCUCUGAGCCCAACGCCAACACGACUCGGAUCCCCAUUGAAUGUCUCUGCCAACAAUUCAGCGUCUGCGGCUGCGAGAAGAACGAUAAUGCGACUUAUAUCGAUCAGCUGCUCAGUCCGAAGGAUCAAUAUGGCAUGCCGGAGAAUACCACGACAGUUAGAGUUGUCCCGAAAGAUGAUGGAUCGACGACUAUAUAUGUGAAUGGCACCUUGGCAAAUGGAACGACGAAUCCGGACCCUUCCAUCCAGGAAGACAGUGGUGUCGUCGUUGCCCCUCCUAUGUUAUCGAGACUGGGCGGGUAUUGGGUUAUGUCUUCGUUGGUUAUUGCAGCUGUUAUGUUGAUAUGAUUGUGAUGACUUGUUUUUUUUUUUUUUUUUUUUUACUUCCUUUUUGCCUGUCCUCAAUUCCUCGUCUUUGUUUAUUGAUUUCUGCGGUUUUUUGGGACGAUACCCUAUUUGUUUCGCGACUGUCAUUUAUACAUAGACCUGCGCUCGAUCUGGUUUGGUUUAUUGCCAUGCACAGUACCUACUUGUACGAUAUCUCGGCUGGUUCGCGUCGAGUUUUGCGAUGGUUGCGGUUUCUGUUUUGGAGGACAUUUGUUGAUUUGUUACUUUCUCUUUGCUUGCCGAGUCCCCUUCUUGUAUUCUAGUAUUACUAUUCUAUUACGAUUCAUACUGUACCAUAUGAC